GGCCGUGAGCGGAGCAUGGGGCGGCGGCUCCUCCGGGCGCUUCUCUGCCUCCUCCUCCUGGCCGGCCGCGGGCUGCUGCGGGACGGCGGCGUCUCCGCUACCGCCACCGCCGCGCACGGCUGCCUGUUUGACCGGAGGCUGUGCUCCCCCAAGGAGGUGUGUGUGCAGGAUGGGCUAUUUGGGCAAUGCCAGGUGGGCUCCGUGCAGGACAGACCCUACUUCCAGGUCACCUCUCCUGUGCUCCAGCGCCUGCAGGAUGUCUUGCGGCAUCUCAUGGCACAAGGGCUCUCAUGGCAAGAUGGCAUCACCCAGUAUGUGAUCUCGCAGGAGAUGGAGCGCAUCCCCCGCCUCCGCCCACCAUCCUCACUGGACCCAGCAGCCAGGGACAGGUUCCUGCCCCUCCGCAGCUCCCCACGGCAAGCCCCACUCCCCGCAGACCCUGGCCUGCCAGCAGCUGAGCAUCUGGGGCAGCCCCCACCACUGCUGUCCUCCCCCCUGGUGCAGCGGUACCUGGAGCACCUCCUGCUGCCCCCCCCACCCCAGCUCGGCUAUGAGGAGGCUGUGCUCAACCCCUACUCCUACCACAAGUUCGGCUACCAGGACAGUGCUCACCCGCUCCCCGGCAGCUCAGUGAGGCAGAGCCCCGAGGCCUCCUCACUGCUGGGCCGGGUACCUGCCCAGGCCCUCUUUGGGACCAGCCCUGUGGCCUCCUAUGUUGGGCAGCCAGGAACGGAUGGGGGGCAUCUCUUCCAGGACUUGGGCAUGCUUUCCCUGCCCAGAGAGAAAGCAAGCCACCCAGACUCUGCCAGCACCAGGCUCCAGCACAGCUUGCGGCUCCCCAGUGACUACAGGAACAUGGAGGAGAGGGAGCAGCCAGCACCCCUGGCUGCCCAGCCACCUCCUGCACAGACAGAUGCUGCCCUGAAGAGACUGGCCUCCCUCCUGGCCAGCUAUGGCCUGGGGCUGCCAGAGCUGAGCCCCCAGCAGCUGAGCAGCCUCUCCACCCUCCUCCAGCUGCUCCAGAGCUCUGGUGUUGCUGGCCCUGAAGUGCCCACAGCGAAACGGGUGGGUUUGCCGCAGGGUGGUGCUGGAGGAGGUGCCACAUCGCAGGUGACAGAAGGGGACAUGCAGCACAGAGAGGAGCCAGUAUACCCUUCCUCCACAGUGCUGCCCCCGAAAAUCCCAGCCAGCAGCUCCCCAGGGGACGGGCUGAGAGGCAGGGCAACGUCCUUGCCAGCCCCCCAUGCUGAGCCACGGCAAGGACAUGGUGGGAAUGGACUCAGGCCUGAAAAUCCGAUCAAGAUGGAGAAGAAGAGCUACAAAGAGGCCAAGGAUGGUGGGGCACAGCAGGGCACACGGCAGCCGGAUGAGUAUGGCUACAUCAUCACAGACCAGAAGCCCCUGGGGCUGGCUGCUGGUGUGCGGCUACUGGAGCUCCUUGCCAAGCACCUCCACCUCUCGACGGCCAGCUUCAUCAACAUCAGUGUUGUGGGCCCUGCACUCACCUUCCGCAUCCGGCAAAACCCCCAGAACUUCUCACUGUCGGAUGUGGCCAGCCAGGCUGAGCAAGCGAAGGCAGAGCUGGAGGCAGAGCUGGGCCUCAAGGUCGUGCAAACAGGAGUGGGAGAGCGAAACGAGGCUGCUGCCUACUCACGCCCGUCUCGCUUUGGGGACGGUUUCCACUCGGUGCUGCUGACCUUCAUCGUGCUGGCCUGUGUGGCAGGCGUUGCCAUCGCGGCCGCUGCUGCCUUCUGCCUCCGGCGCCAUGCCAAGCAGCGGGAGAAGGAGCGCCUGGCCGCCCUGGGGCCCGAGGGUGCUGCCGACACCACCUUCGAGUACCAGGAGCUGUGCCGCCAGCACAUGGCUGCCAAGUCCCUCUUUGGCCGUGCUGAGGCUCCGGCGGCGCCAGCGGAGACCUCGCGGGUCAGCAGCGUCUCAUCGCAGUUCAGCGAUGCCCCACAGCCCAGCCCCAGCUCCCACAGCAGCACACCCUCCUGGUGCGAGGAGCCCGUCCAGUCCAACAUGGACAUCUCAACUGGACACAUGAUCCUGGCCUAUAUGGAGGACCACCUCCGCAACCGGGACCGGCUGGCGAAGGAAUGGCAGGCUCUCUGUGCCUACCAGGCUGAGCCCAGCAUCUGCUCCAUUGCCCAAAGUGAAGCCAACCUGAAGAAGAACCGCAACGCUGACUAUGUGCCCUAUGACCAUGUGCGGAUCAAGCUGAAAGCUGAGAGCAACCCUUCCCGCAGCGACUUCAUCAAUGCCAGUCCGAUUAUCGAGCACGACCCACGGAUGCCAGCAUACAUUGCCACCCAGGGGCCUCUGUCCCACACUAUCGCUGACUUCUGGCAGAUGGUGUGGGAGCAUGGCUGCACUGUCAUCGUCAUGCUGAGCCCGCUGGCUGAAGACAGUGUCAAGCAGUGUGACCGCUACUGGCCGGAUGAAGGCUCCUCUCUCUACCACAUUUACGAGGUGAACCUGGUGUCGGAGCACAUUUGGUGCGAGGAUUUCCUGGUGCGCAGCUUCUACCUGAAGAAUGUGCAGUCGCAGGAGACCCGCACUCUGACGCAGUUCCACUUCCUCAGCUGGCCGGCCGAGGGCAUCCCUGCCACCACCCGGCCCCUCCUCGACUUCCGCAGGAAGGUGAACAAGUGUUACCGGGGUCGCUCCUGCCCUAUUAUUGUGCACUGCAGUGACGGUGCAGGCAGGACUGGGACAUACAUCCUUGUCGAUAUGGUCCUGAACCGAAUGGCCAAAGGGGUGAAGGAGAUAGACAUAGCUGCUACGCUGGAGCACAUCCGAGACCAGCGGCCUGGCAUGGUGCAAACCAAGGACCAGUUUGAGUUUGCACUGACAGCCGUAGCUGAGGAAGUGAACGCCAUCCUGAAGGCACUGCCACAGUGACGGCGAGGAGCUCUCCCUUCUUUGUCUUGCCCUGUGCCUCUCCCAGCUUCACAUGCUCUCCUCGCCCUCACUGUGGGGCUGCUCUCCCUGUAAAAUGCUGUCUGUGCUGCUGGCUCCGUUUCCUUCCCUUCCAACCCAGUCCCCCAUGCCCCUCUCCCCAGGGACACAGGGCUCAGCCCCUCUGCAUCCAGGGCACAGAAAACCAUCACACCUACUGCCACCUCAGAGGGGACUGAGCUCAUGUACCCUACCCCCUGCAGAGGAGGCUGCUAGGAGAUGGCUGUGGGGCUCCCCCCAGCUAUCCUCCUGCACCCCAACCUGGCAGUCUAGUGUAAGCUCCCUUACCUGUGCCCAUGUGGGCUGCAGGAGUGGGCAGGCGUCUCCGGACUGUGUGGCCCUGCCCCAGGUUCCCUUUGUGUGCUCCCUGGCUUGUCACUCAAGCAGAAGAGAAAUUUCUAGAGAAAUAUAAUUUUGUAUCUUGAUGUGAAUAAAGUUCUCGUGUCGCAUUUGUGCAGCUGCA